UUUGGGUUUUUGUUGCCUCCUAAAGCAGCAGUGCCCAAGAAGCUGCCAUGUACUUAUCACCCUCUCUGAUGCUCGUGAUUUUCCUUGGCCUCCUGCCGCAUCAUGGAUUGGGAGGGCAACCAGUGACUACAACCGAUCCAAGAAACCAUAUUGAAAAUUCCAUCUCGGAUUCCAGCCUCGCUUCUCUCCACACUUUGCUCACUUCCAUCUCUUCCAAUUCCACCCAGUUGCCUGAAAAGGUUUCUUGCAGCAACUUAAUGCCAGAUACCUUUGAACAUUUUGACAGCGUGCCUCGACCAGCCCAGAUUAUGAUUCAAGCUAUCCUGGUGCUUGCCUUGCAAAAUGCAGGCUGCAGCCACCAUGCCAAAAUGCUUGGGCUAGGGCUGUACCAGCAACUGGGGCAGAAAGAUGCUAGUGGUCUCUUGUUGACAAUGAUAAAGAUCCUGGACACAGCUAAACCUACAGCUAAACCUACAAGCUUUGCUGCCCUACAGUUCAAUUUGGACCAGUUAGCCCUGAAACAAGCCUCACAUUGCCAAGGCCUGAUGCAGGUCGAUAGAGCUCUCCUGCAUGGCGAGGUGUACCGUGAAUAUAAGUGGUUUCCAACAGCUGCUGCAGCCUGUCACCAUUUGGGGAAUGUUUGUGGAGGAGUUAUCACCAAUGGCAGCAGUCCCUUCCAAGUGGUGCUUAGAAAUGGCAGCUACUUCUGGCCAGAGCAAGGUUCUCAUUCCUGGCUUCAUCAGUGCCCGAUGCAGGCACGCAUGCGACGUUCAUCACCAGAACACUGUGUAAAUGCAACGGAGCAAAUGGUAAACAAGAUUUUGGGGUUCAUACCUGGUGUCAGCACUCUAUAUAACUUUGGAAGCAGCAUAUACUACUAUACUCAAGACUGCAUUGACUUGGCCAAGAAGCGUGCUCAAGAUGGGGCCAUAGAUCUGGGUUUUGAUACCUUGGUUGCUCUCACUGGGGGGGCUGCAACUCCCCUUAGGAUGGGGUUUGCUACGGCAGUGAAACCACUGUUCAAAACAGGUGUAGAGGCUGUAAUUGUCAAUUUUCAAAAGGAAGAGCAACCACCGAGUCCAGUCCCCAUCAACUUCUCUGACUCAGAUAUCGCAUGUUAAUCUAGGCAUCCUCAAACUUGGCACUGCUACAAUCACCUCAAAUAAUAAAUGAGUACGUACAACCCAUCCAAUAAAAUUUCCAAUUUGAUUCUGUUGGAGUUAAGUCUGAGCAAGAAAUAAAUGUAUCGCUUAAAUGAUUAAAUUUUAAUCUAUAUAAUGAUUACCAUGAUUCUUGAACUUGAUAGGUUCAGGCAAUUAACCGAGGACCAGAACAGGGUCCAAAGAUUGAUAUCUGACAGCUCUAAAGCUUUCCAGGUUUUUUUUUAAAGAAAACCCUGAUGCUUUUCAUUUACAUUUCCCCCCCAGUCCUCAGCCCCCCCCCCCAAGUGGAAAUGUCACAACCCAAAGUUUGAGAACUCUUGAUUGAAGCUAUUAAAAAUUAUAUCAGUAUUUUUAAAAUACAUGCUGGCGUUUUAAGUGACAGAAAAUGGCGGAUGCUUUGCUCUUUUCUUUUUCCACAUCAGCGGCUUUUAGAUGCCCAGUUUCAUAGGAUGAUUUUUUUUACAAAACAUUGUGUCAGAGACAGCUGGGCAUAGAGGAUUUACUUUUUGUAGUUGGAUGGUCCAGAGAAUCCUCAGAGGGACAUGUAAUGAACACCCAAGCAGAAUUUUGUAGAACUGACUAUUCUUUGUCCUACUCUUAUUGUCAUCUCUGGUCUGCUGGUUCCUUCUUGUAUCCAUGUCUUCUUUACUAAUUUGCUUUUUCUCCCCUCAUUUUAUCUAUCAAUUGUAUUUACAAUAAUCAUAAAUGGUUUUAUUUAUUAUGUAAUAUAACAUUACACAAUAAAGCUGUUUAGAACU